AUGCUAAACUGUGCUGCAUUUGUUGCUGGCAUCAUCCAGGCCAUGCUCGAUGCGAGUAAUUUUCCAUGUCAAGUAUCGGCACAUUGGUGGAAUAACGGGACUGCAUAUGUGAUACGUUUCGAAGAGCUUGUUAUUUCUCGUGAAGCAGCGAUUGUGGAUGGCCCAAGAUAG